CCCAUGUAUGUACGUGUGUAAAAUCUGAAAUUGACAGCGCCGAACUCUAAAAAGAGUUGCGCUGCGAUACCAUUUGUUUACUUAUGUUUACAGAAGCUCUGAGUUUCCCUGCUCUGUUCAUCUAUGAAUAUGAUUGUAUUCUGCUGGUUUGUGAAUUAAACAUAUGUUCCGCCAAAACAUGAUUCUUGGUCGCUCCGUUGUCUGUCAUGAUUUGAAGUCUGGCUUCGAAGUGAGAAAAGACUUUGCAUAUUGCAAAUGUUGUUUUUUUUUAAUCAUUUUUAAACCUCACUCUCUACAUUCUAUUGCCCACUAUGGAAGAGCCCACCUGUGAUGAAAAGGUGGACAUCAUGGUGCUGAUGGACGGAUCGGCUAGCGUGGGGAGGAGGAACUUCCCAGAUGUGCGUAACUUUGUCCUGAGCCUGGCAGCAGGCUUCAGGAUCGGCGCCGGCGCUGCCCAGCUGGGCGUGUACCAGUACGCCAUCAGGGUGCAGAAGGAGAUCGGGCUGAACCAGUUCAACAACCGGGAGGUGAGCACGUGGGCAGAACGUACUGCGUCUGCGCAGAACCCUUUAUUUUCACGAUUUUCGGUGGAUUUUUGAUCAACGUUGCAU